CUCGAGGAAACGAGAUUGAAGGCGCGAGUGAGAUUGGGAAGGGCGCAUGCGCGACGCGGUCCGUCUGCCCGACCUUCAGGGGAGCUGCUACCAUGUUCUCUCGGGCGAACGUCGUUGGGCUGUCGGCCUGGGCCUUGCAGCCGCAAUGGAUCCAAGUCCGAAAUAUGGCAACUUUGAAAGAUAUUACCAGACGACUAAAGUCAAUCAAAAACAUCCAGAAAAUUACCAAGUCUAUGAAAAUGGUAGCAGCAGCAAAAUAUGCCCGAGCUGAGAGGGAGCUGAAACCGGCUCGGAUAUAUGGAGUGGGGUCUUUGGCUCUGUAUGAAAAAGCUGAUAUUAAGGUACCUGAAGACAAGAAGAAACACCUCCUAAUAGGUGUGUCCUCAGAUCGAGGGCUUUGCGGUGCUAUUCAUUCCUCGGUUGCUAAACAGAUGAAAAGUGAGGUGGCAACACUCACAGCAGCUGGAAAGGAGGUCAUGCUUGUUGGCAUUGGUGAUAAACUCAGGGGCAUACUUUACAGGACUCAUUCCGACCAGUUUCUGGUGACAUUCAAGGACGUGGGAAGAAAGCCCCCUACUUUUGGAGAUGCAUCCGUCAUUGCUCUUGAAUUAUUAAAUUCUGGAUAUGAAUUUGAUGAAGGCUCUAUCAUCUUUAAUCGAUUCAGGUCUGUCAUCUCCUAUAAGACAGAAGAAAAACCCAUCUUUUCUCUUAAUACCAUUGCAAGUGCUGAGAGCAUGAGCGUCUACGAUGACGUGGACGCGGACGUGCUGCGGAAUUACCAGGAGUACAGCCUGGCCAACGUCCUCUACUACUCCCUGAAGGAGUCCACCACCAGCGAGCAGAGCGCCAGGAUGACGGCCAUGGACAACGCCAGCAAGAACGCUUCUGAGAUGAUUGAUAAGUUGACUUUGACAUUCAACCGCACUCGACAGGCUGUCAUCACCAAAGAGCUGAUUGAGAUCAUCUCUGGCGCAGCAGCUCUGGAUUAAUGAAAAUCGAGUUCCGUCCUCAGACAAGAGGUAAAAAAGGAAUAUUCAAGCUGAUUCUUUUUAGCUUACUGCUGUCAUCAGAAGAGUGAUCCACUGUUUGAAUUACUAAAGACAACAAGAUGUUUAUAAAUUACCUUACAAUAAACAACUUACAAUAAAAAAA